UGGAAAUCUGACCGUGGGAAGGAAGGUGCGGCUUACCACAACCAGCACUGGGAUCUCAGCAGACCAUGCUCGUGCGUGCAGUGCCCAAGUAGCGAUCUCCACGAGGGUUUUGUUCAACUGCAAAACCAGGGAGCUCUGAAUCUACGUGCUCACUGAUGGUUGAAACGUUUAAUCAGCAUAAUGGAAAGAAGCCUGAAGAAUGUCCUCGUGGUUUCUUUUGGAUUUCUGCUUCUCUUUACAGCCUACGGAGGUCUGCAGAGUCUGCAGAGCAGCCUGUACAGAGAGGAAGGCCUGGGCGUGACAGCACUCAGCACGCUGUACGGCGGGGUACUUCUGUCCUCCAUGUUCCUCCCGCCGCUCCUGAUUAAGAAGUUUGGCUGCAAAUGGACCAUCGUCGUCUCCAUGUGCUGCUACGUGGCCUUCUCCCUGGGCAACUUCUAUGCUAGCUGGUACACCUUGAUUCCCACCUCCAUACUGCUGGGCCUUGGGGCUGCCCCUCUGUGGUCCGCCCAAUGCACAUACCUCACGAUCAUGGGAAACACAGAAGCAAAGAAGGUGGGAAAAGUUGGCAGAGACGUGGUGAACCAGUAUUUUGGCAUCUUCUUUCUCAUAUUCCAGUCAUCCGGUGUUUGGGGCAACCUGAUCUCAUCACUGGUGUUUGGCCAGACACCCACUCAAGAGGCCAUCCCAGAGGAGCAGCUUCUGUCCUGUGGGGCCAGCGACUGCCUGAUGGCCACAGUGCCCACCAAUAGCACCCAGCGUCCCUCGCAGACUCUGAUCUACACCCUGCUGGGCAUCUACACGGGGAGCGGUGUCCUGGCGGUCCUGCUCAUAGCCUUAUUUCUCGAGCCCAUCAAAGAUGCUCAACAGAAAAGCGAAGGAGAGAAGAAAUCAUCUUUCUGGUCCACCCUGCUGUCGACCUUCAAGCUCCUUCGAGACAAGCGCCUGCGCCUACUGGUGCUGCUGCCGAUGUACAGCGGAUUUGAGCAAGCCUUCCUCGCUGGCGACUACACCAGGUCCUACACCACCUGUGCCCUGGGCAUCCAUUUCGUCGGCUACGUGAUGAUCUGCUUCUCCGCCACCAACUCGCUGUGCUCCGUGCUCUACGGGAGGCUGUCCCAGUACACGGGCAGAAAGGCCCUCUAUGGGCUGGGUGCGGUGACCCACCUGUCUUGCAUCGUGGCCCUCUUGCUGUGGAAACCUCACCCCGACCAGCUGGCCGUGUUCUUCGUGUUUUCUGGCCUCUGGGGCGUGGCUGAUGCCGUCUGGCAGACACAAAACAACGUUCUUUAUGGUGUCCUGUUCGAGAAGAACAAGGAGGCUGCCUUUGCGAAUUACCGCCUGUGGGAAGCGCUUGGGUUCGUCAUUGCGUUUGGAUACAGCACAUUUUUGUGCGUCUACAUCAAACUCUACAUCCUCCUGGGCGUCCUGAGUCUGACCAUGCUGGCGUACGGGAUUGUUGAGUACCUGGAGGCCAAGAACCAGGGCAGGCCAGUUGUUGCAGAACAGACAAAGCCAACAGAGGAGGCAGAAACAGAGACAGUCAUGUGACGGUGACACACGCUGCAGCACAGGAACUCUGUGUCGGCAAGACAGCUCUACCUGAAGUGCCUCAGAGUUUAUAGCUGCUUCCUCACAAUGGUGUCAGCAAUAUUUAGCCAUCCCGAAAACACAGCAGAGUUGCCUACCAAAUUUUUUUCUAUUCUAGCACGUUUUCAGUUCACCACGUCACCAGUGGAGAUCGUGAGUGUGCAGGAAGGAAUCCAUAAUCUCCGGCACAAAGGCAGAAAGUGGAGUGCAUAAUCAGCCAAUGGGAACUGGCUUAGGUAGAACCAACAACUUCCACCUGUUCAUGUUGUAUUCAUCGUGCUUGUUGUUUGUAAGAAUCAGAAGGACGUAAAAAUAACAAGUCUGACAGUACAAUUUUAUAAUUGGGUAAACUGACAUCCAGGCAAGUCAGCUGGCUCCCUCCCAGAGUCAUUGAGCGACAAAGCCAGGCCAGAGUUUAUGUCCCUUGAAAUUUAUAAACUACGAGUUUCUAAAUAAAUGCAACUAUAUUAUCAA